GUAAUGGCAAAUAAUGCAAAAAAAAAGAAAAGAAAAAGAAAAAAAAAGCUUGGUCAAACCCUUUAAAAGGUGGCUAGGGUCUAGAGCAGCUUAGUGAAGAUUUGACAGCCAGUCUACAAAUCUAGAGAAAUGAAGAUGCAAUCUUGCUUCUUGGUUGCAGUGGCUCUUAUUCUUGGAACAGUAUGCUCAGAAGUGUUAGCUCAACAUUUUAAUGCAAAUAAGCCAGAUGAGUGUUGCUUCAACUUCCAGCAAAAACAAGUUCCGAGGCACUUUUUUGUUGGUUAUGUAACCCUUCGAGAUGACUGCCCAAGCCUGGGUGUAAUACUCGUUGCUGAAAAUGGAAAAAGAGUGUGUGCCAAUCCAAAAUACGCUUGGGUCAAGAGGCACAUGAAUUACUUUGAUCAGCAAGCACCCAAAGGAAGUGGACAGACACCGAAAUGAAAGGAUUCACAAGCAUCUAAUGCCUCUCCCCAAUGCUCUCUUUACUCAGCUUUCUCUUUCAAUUGUUCUGAACAAAGAAAUACCCGAAUCUACCAAGCAUGACAUUGCAAUAUUAGACAUCUAUUGUACGCUGUGGGUUACCAAACACAUAACCUGUUUAUAUGUAUGUAAAUAAUGAAAAGCUAAACUUUUUACAAAAAUACUCUUGAUAAUAUAAUCAAUAUCUUUUAAGACAGCUUUUGCCAUAAAUGUAGGAGCAUUUCUGUAAUUUUCUCUGAAUAAAGGCCAGUAUCAUUAUGCACAUGCAUGGUGUGAGUAGGAGGUGCAAAUUUCCAUCUGCAGAGUUCAAUGUAUUGCUUGAGUCUAAGAUUAUCAACACACUGUUAUUAUAGUCAAAGGAUGAAGUCAAAAGGUCUCUAUCCAGCCCCAUAGGAUUGGAAUUCAGAUGAAAGUAGAAAUUUGCACAACACUUAUUUAAGUAUCGAUUAUCUUACUUUGAAAAAAGUCAUCUAUUUUAAUAAAAUAUCUAAGCACCA